CGCAAGUGUGUGCAAGCCCAUUUUUCUUUUGUGUUAUUAUACUCCGUCUCUCCGCAGCUGCAGAGUACAAUCUGGUAUUUUAAAGUCUGCUUUAUCAUCAAGGGAUUUUCUAUUUGUGGAUUUCUAGUACAGGUUGGACAUUAUUCUUUUUUUCUUUUUUUAUCCUGCAUGGAUAACUACUAACCGUUAACUUUACAACCUUUACCUUUCACCUGUCAUCACUUGCCAGGGGUGCGUUUCUUAUCUAAUGUAUCACGCUGCACAAAGAGUAAGGACAUGCCAGAGUUCAGCUUUGUUUAGUUAAUAAUUAUUCUUCUGGGAGCGCCUCUUAAAAUCAGUCCGGCCACAGUAAGUUUCUCCCUGUACACACAGUCACCAUGAAGCUGGGGCUGCGUCUGUCUUUUUGUGCCCUGCUGGUAUUUUGUGCGGCAGGGUGCACAAAUGGAGGGAGCAUUUUGGUGUGGUACACGGAGGGCAGCCACUGGAUUAACAUGAAGCCAGUGCUGGAGACCCUGAUCGACAAAGGACACCAAGUGACUGUCCUGGUCCCAAGCUCUUCUAUGUUCAUGAACACUAGUGAGCCGUCUCGCUUCAACUAUGAACCCUUCAACGUCUCGGUCUCAAUGGAGGCCAUGGAGGAGUUCCUUGAAGAGUUCCUUUAUUUCUCCAUGUACGAGAUGGAUCAUAUGAGCUACUUGCAGAUUUACAUACGAUUUAUUGAGCUGAUGAAGGUCGACCUGCAGUAUUCUUUGAGAACUCUGGAUGGUGUGGUGAAAUCAGAGGCCAUCAUGAAGAAGCUGAAAGAGGCCAAUUAUGACCUUCUCCUGGCCGACCCCAUCUACCCCGGGAGUGACUUAUUAGCAGAUAUGUUGGGAAUCCCCCUGGUCUUCUCCCUGCGCUUUUCACUCGCCAAUAACUGGGAGAGGCAAUGUGGUCAGCUACCUGCUCCACCUUCAUUUGUCCCCGGCGCUAUGAGCAAACUGACCGACAAGAUGGACUUCAAUGAGAGAACUUGGAAUUUUCUCUUCUACGCCUUACAAGACGCCGUGAUUACUAAAGUUAUUUGGGAAGAAGUAGAUCAAUAUUACUCAGAGGUCAAAGGGACGGCCACAAGCGCCUGCGAGAUGAUGGGUAAAGCAGACAUUUGGUUGAUCCGAACUUAUUGGGAUUUUGAAUUUCCUCGUCCUUUCCUCCCGAACUUCAAAUUUGUUGGUGGGAUCCACUGCAGACCGGCUAAACCAUUACCAAAGGAUAUGGAAGAGUUUGUGCAGAGCUCUGGAGAUGAUGGUAUAGUGGUUUUCACUUUGGGGUCCAUGAUCAAGAACAUCACCUCUGAGAAGGCAAACAUGAUCGCCUCGGCCCUCGCUCAGGUCCCACAGAAGGUGCUGUGGAGAUACAGUGGAGAAAAACCAGAGACUUUGGGUGCCAACACCAGACUGUACGACUGGAUCCCUCAGAACGACCUGCUGGGUCAUCCAAAGACCAAAGCGUUCGUCACUCAUGGUGGCACAAAUGGGAUUUACGAGGCCAUCUAUCACGGUGUUCCUAUGGUGGGCAUCCCCAUGUUCGCUGACCAACCAGACAACAUGGUGCAUAUGGAGGCGAAGGGCGCUGCAGUGACUGUGGAACUGAACUUUAUGACGAGUGAAGACCUUAGAGAUGCAAUAAACACUGUCAUCAAUGAUAAAUCGUACAAGGAAAACUCCAUGCGGCUUUCCAGCAUCCACCACGACAGGCCAAUGAGCCCUCUGGACGAGGCGGUAUUCUGGAUCGAGUUCACCAUGAGAAACAAAGGGGCCAAACACUUGAGGGUCCAGGCACACGAGCUCACCUGGUACCAGUACCACAGCCUGGAUGUCCUGGCCUUCCUUCUUGCUAUCGUUAUGCUCCUCGUAUUCCUCUUCAUCAAGACCUGCAAAUUUUGCUUCCGGAGAUGCUGCAGCAGAAAGCAAAAUGUAAAGAGAAAGGCUGAGUAACGGACUGAUUUUAGAUCUUAUCAAUGUCAGUAAAAAACAAGACAACUGCUGGUCCACAACACGGCAUGUAACCUGAUAUCACAUAAUGUGACAUGUGACAUCUUUGUUUCAAUAUUUGCCACCACACAAAAAA